GUGCUUGACAUGCCUGUGCCCGAAGAGGGCACCCCGCCACCGCUGAGUGGCACCCCCGUCCCGGUUCCAGCCUACUUCCGCCAUGCAGAACCUGGCUUCUCCCUCAAGAGGCCUCGGGGGCUCAGUCGGAGCCUCCCGCCCCGGCCCCCUGCCAAGGGCAGCAUCCCCAUCAGCCGCCUCUUCCCUCCUCGGACCCCAGGCUGGCACCAGCCCCAGCCCCAGCGGGUGUCGUUCCAAGGCCGAGCCUCCGAGCCCCUGCAGAGCCCCGGGUAUGACCCGAGCCGGCCGGAGUCCUUCUUCCAGCAGAGUUUCCACAGGCUCGGCCGCCUGGGCCACGGCUCUUAUGGAGAGGUCUUCAAGGUGCGCUCCAAGGAAGACGGCCGGCUCUAUGCCGUGAAGCGCUGCAUGUCGCCUUUCCGGGGCCCCAAGGACCGGGCCCGCAAGCUGGCCGAGGUCGGCGGCCAUGAGAAGGUGGGGCAUCACCCGUGCUGUGUGCGGCUGGAGCAAGCCUGGGAGGAGGGCGGCAUCCUAUACCUGCAGACAGAGCUGUGUGGGCCCAGCCUACAGCAGCACUGUGAGGCCUGGGGCGCCAGCCUGCCCGAGGCCCAGGUCUGGGGCUACCUGCGGGACACCCUGCUGGCCCUGGCCCACCUGCACAGCCAAGGCCUGGUCCACCUUGACGUCAAGCCCGCCAAUAUCUUCCUGGGGCCCCGGGACCGCUGCAAGCUGGGUGACUUUGGGCUGCUGGUGGAGCUGGGUGCAUCCGGAGCUAGCGAGGCCCAGGAGGGAGACCCUCGCUACAUGGCCCCCGAGCUGCUUCAAGGCUCUUAUGGGACAGCGGCAGAUGUGUUCAGUCUGGGUCUCACCAUCCUGGAGGUGGCGUGCAACAUGGAGCUGCCCCAUGGUGGGGAGGGCUGGCAGCAGCUGCGCCAGGGCUACCUGCCCGCUGAGUUCACUGCUGGCCUGUCUUCUGAGCUGCGUUCUGUCCUCACCAUGAUGCUGGAACCUGACCCCAAGCUGCGGGCCACAGCCGAGGCCCUGCUGGCCCUGCCCAUGCUCAGGCAGCCGCGGCCCUGGACCGUCCUGUGGUACAUGGCUGCCGAGGCCCUCAGUCGAGGGUGGGCCCUGUGGCAGGCCCUGCUUUCCCUGCUGUGCUGGCUCUGGCACGGGUUGGCACACCCUGCCAGCUGGCUGCAGCCCCUGGGUCCGCCGGCCACCCCGCCUGGCUCGCCGCCCUGCAGCCUCCUCCUGGACAGCAGCCUCGCCAGCAACUGGGAUGACGACAGCAUAGGGCCCUCGCUCUCUCCAGAGGCCAUCCUGGCCAGGGCUGCCGGGAGCACCUCCACCCCCUGCAGUGGCUCCCCUGCCCCCCGGGGCAGGUACACGCUGAGGGAUUCUCUGGACCUAAGUGACAUUGACUCAGAGCCCCCACAGGGCACCUUCCCCUCCUUUGAGCCCCGGAACCUCCUCAGCCUGUUUGAGGACUCACUGGGCCCAACCUGAGCCCACGGGCCCGGGCUCAGCACUUUUAACCUCUUAGC